AUGAAGGGCUUCAGACAGAGAGUUGUAAGUUGGCACGUCAAUGGCGUAUUUUUGAUCCUCUAUAACACGUACAUCGUCUCGGGGCAUGAGCAGCUAUCCCGCGCAAAGGACUCGAACAAAUCGUCUAAAAAGAAAGACUCCUCUUCUUCUGGUACGUCGUCCCCUGGGGCCUCCGCGAAUCUUGGUCCACCAGGGCAAACGUUAUCACCAGCAGGCUCGAACCAUGGUACACCUACUUCGUCCACAACCGCUGUCAAUGAGACAAAGUCGAAGCCUACCAGCUCUCCUGACAAUGGAGCGACCGCCGGUCUCACCUUGCAUCACAACGCUCCCGUUUUGCCCAGUGGCGUACCCAAUCAGCAACAUUAUCUUCCACAGCAACAGCACUUAGGAGGGCAGAUGCCGGGCAAUGGGCCGGGUACACCAACUCGACAGGGGCUUCCCAUGGCCCCAAGUGUGGUCAUCAGCCCCAGUGCACCGCAUAUACCCCCUCCUGGAGCUGCAGAGACAAUGCCUGGUGACCUGCAACCUCCAAAAACCGGACAGAAACCACAUCUUAUUGACAGACUACAGACUCCCAAGGACAUUCCUCUUGGAUUCAAACCCCCACGACGGCAGCACUCGUCACGCUUUGAUAUCUCAGACCAACGUCAGAGGGAGCUAGAGAAACUCCCUGGAUUUCAUGAAGUGCCUCCUAACCGAAGACAAGAUCUUUUCAUGCAGAAAAUCGACCAAUGCAACAUCAUAUUUGACUUCAACGACGCAGCAGGAGAUAUGAAAUCCAAAGAAAUCAAGCGACUGGCCCUCCAUGAACUACUUGAUUAUGUCGCCAAUAAUCGCUCUGUCAUCACAGAACCUAUGUAUCCCAAAGUGGUGGACAUGUUCAGCAAAAAUCUAUUUCGGCCUAUUCCUCCUCCCGUUAACCCGCAAGGUGAUGCAUUCGACCCGGAGGAAGAUGAGCCCGUGCUGGAAGUAGCAUGGCCUCAUAUUCAAGUUGUUUACGAAUUCUUCCUUAGGUUCAUUGAGAGUCAAGAUUUCAGCACCAACAUCGCAAAAGCCUACAUUGACCAUCAAUUUGUCCUUCAGUUACUUGAACUAUUUGACUCCGAAGACCCUCGAGAACGUGACUUUUUGAAAACGACGUUGCAUCGUAUAUACGGAAAAUUCUUAAAUCUACGUUCAUACAUUAGACGUUCGAUCAAUAACGUCUUCUUCCAAUUCAUCUAUGAAACUGAACGAUUCAACGGUAUUGCUGAGCUUCUGGAGAUUCUUGGCUCGAUCAUCAACGGUUUCGCCUUGCCACUGAAAGAGGAGCACAAACUAUUCUUGACACGGGUUUUGUUACCGAUGCAUAAAGUUAAGAGUCUAAGCAUGUAUCACCCGCAGCUGGCGUACUGUAUUGUGCAGUUCCUAGAGAAGGAUGCUGCCUUAACAGAAGAGGUCGCGGAGCGAGCCCUAUACUUUUGGAACAACGAGUACUUUUGUAACUUGGUUGGUGACAAUGUGGAGUCUAUUCUCCCAAUCAUGUUUGCGCCGCUUUACGAAAAUUCCCAAGGCCAUUGGAACAGGACCAUUCAUAGCAUGGUGUAUACUGCAAUGAAGAUGUUCAUGGAAAUCAACCCACAACUGUUUGACGACUGCUCUCAUGAUUAUCGGGAGUACCAAAACUCCGCUGAGGCACGAGAAAAGAGCCGUCAGGAGAAAUGGGAUCGACUUGCUGAAAUGGCCAAAGCCAGGCGAGAGAAGGCUCAACUGUCAGCAGCUGAAGGUUCCAAGUCCUCUGACGCAGCUGGCUCCAACGAUGGUCUGGAUCCAAUAACCCAAGACAGCCAGCAGCGCCUAAACGCGCUCAAACUGCAAGACGAUACCCCAGCCAGCAAGGAACGGCGGCUUAGAGAGGGUCAAAACUCGAGGCGUCGCCGUGGAUCUAUCGAUGAUUCUCGUGGUAGUGGUGGUGGUAGUGGAGCAGCUGGGGCAGGCUGGCGGAUUGUGGUGGGAGAGGCACGAAGGCGAGGAGAACGGCGAAGCUCACUCGGCAACAGCAGUACUGGGCCCUCACACCCCUCUGUUACUCGUAGCAACUCAACCAGCAAGAGUAUGCGGUCUGUCUGA